AUGCAGGCAGAUGGAGGCGAUGCAGUGCUGACUGACCUUUGUGCUAUCUGCCAUACAAACUCGAUCAAGUACACAUGCCCUCGAUGCGGAAUACACACCUGCUCCCUCCCCUGUGUUAAACGUCACAAGGCUUGGGCACAGUGCUCGGGCAUACGAAAUCCUGCUGCAUAUCGGAAGAGGGCAGAUCUAGCCACCCCUUCCUCGAUCGAUCAGGAUUUCAACUUCAUAACCUCCGUCGAACGAUCCCUACAGAGGGCAGAUGAAUCAGCCCUUGACAAAGGCAUAGAUUUGGCGCCCAGUGGAGUCAAAAGGAGAGGCCCCGUCGGCAAAUGGAAGUUUGAUGCUGAAGUCGAAGAAAGAGGGAUUCGUUUGAUUAGGGCCCCUUCAGGACUGUCCCGAAACAAACAGAACAAAUCACACUGGGCGGGCGGACCGAACAAAUGUAUUCUAUGGACGACAGAAUGGGUAUUCCAUGAUGGCCAGCGGAAAAUCACCAACGUCAGGGAGACGAGGACAGUUGCGCAGGGCUUUCUCGCAGUAUUUGGCCGAAAGACCCUUGAUCGGAAGAGAAAACGAGACGUCGAUGAAACAGACACUGCUGCAGGCUCACAACAUGAGACUGCUGCCACACGGCAAGACCCUGCAACCGAAGAGUCUGCCAACUUAGAAACUCAGAAUACUACCAUCACGACAGCACAGCAUUUGCUUGAUGCCAAGGGAGAUCUUGGAUCCAACGAGUCUGUUGAAGAUGAUGACACAAUAUAUGGAGAUGAAGAAACUCCUCUCAACACUUCCGAGGGUCUAGAAACGAAAAAGCAGGCAAGUCAAGUUGCACACGCAACGCCGGGCGAGGAUCCCCUGAACAACAAAGAGGAUUUCGCUGUGGAAAAGUCUCUCGACGAUGAGGCGCCCCAUCCCAUACCAGCUUCUGCGGACGAUGCCGAACCUCAAAUGCCAGCCGGAGAAGAGUCGUCUCUUGCCCAAGAAGAAUCACUUGCUUCAAACAUACCCGAGGACAACCUCUCACAGCUCUUAAGCCACCUUCACUUCUACCUCCUGAGGCCAAACACAGCCAAAUACAAAUGCUUGAUACCCAUUGCCCAAGUAUCUACACUGAAAGAUGCCCUCUCCGGCAAAACCUUACUCGAGUUUCCAACAUUCUACGUUCGGGAAGAACCCCCCGAUUCGUUGCCCGAGCCCUUCAUUAGCGAAGAAAAGUAUACCCAGCUCUACGGUUCAGAAGUCCCCAUCAGCUUGCCAACCUACGCGGCCCCUGACGAUACCGGGUCUCAGAAGAAGCCACUACCGGAUAUUGACGAGAAGAAAGUGCUCGAAGUCCUACAGCAAGAUCUCACGGGAUAG